CCAAUUUGGGUGAGUCUGCCACUCUGCUCACUUGAUGCAAAGCGACCCUAUUUCUUUUCCAGUCCGAGUUCUAUAUCCAGCGUCAUCACCCGCCUGUACGCAUGGCAGCCACAACCAUGAACCCCUUCAGCGACCUCCCAUACGAGCUCUUAAGCAUGAUCAACGAGUACGCAGCAGACUGGGUCAGUCUGGAGAGUCUCAUCCAUAUGUCACCGCCAGUGGCCACUCUUUUCCACCCUGGAGAUAAUCCAGACGCAGAAGCAGACCCCGAAGCCGUACGUCUUGUCGAAACCAUCCUCAGUACAAAUCCCAUCAUGAGCCACCGUAUCCACAUCCACUUUCGCAUGUGUGCACAGGCGCGACAACUCUCAUUGACACGCGGCGCUCUACGCGAUCUCGACACCUACGAUUAUGACUCCAUACAUUUCUCUCCUAUAUCUCGUUCUAUACUCCGGGAGAUGGUGGGCGUGGCCGCGAACAUCCAGCGGUUGGUCUGUGUCUGUUUGACGUCACUUUUCGCGCGGCUGCGUGCCGUGAAGCCUCAGUGUUGGGAUAGAGACGACACGGGGAGGUUGGAUAGAAGUAGUAUGUUUACACCCCAGGAUAGGGGCGCCGGCUCGUGGGUGGAGGAGUAUCGUGUCUAUCGCGCCUUGUGGCUCUUGCAAUGGUCCGCGGAUUCUCAGUGCGCCUGUACCCAGCUGAAGCAGGAAAGAAGAACUACCCGGAAGCAGGGGCAUUAUCUCUGCCAAGAAGCUUACGCGGUAUUUAAGUGUCUCCAAAGCAUCUAUCAAGAUAGUACGAGAUUUGGAUCUCUAUCAAACAGCUACAGCCUCAAUGCCAUGCCGCGUAUCACUCAAAUGCCUGACGCCUCCAAUAUCCCGUUCAAGUUCCCCGUCUGGGCUCCUCCACCCCGGCCCGAGAUUCCAUGCAAUACAGAUAUAUGGCUUCGUGGGGCCAGCGCAACUUCAAGGAAUGACGUGCUUGAUACCUGGCCAAGAAUCCAGGAUUAUUGUCGAUUAAAGUCUCGAAAUCUGGAUCAGAAAUCCGUAUUCAAGGAUCAACAGCCAUUCUGGGACCUCGGCAUAUUAUUAUGGGAUGGUUGGCGAUUGCAUGGCUUGGGGCUCUGGCAUGCGAUAGUUUAUUGGAAGGGCUCCCCUAGCGGCGGGUCAAUACUACCGGGGGACUAUAUACCAAACGACCCCUGGCAAGCCAUGUAUCGAUGGCCUGCUUUCCUUCGGGGUCACGUGGCGAAGGGAAAGAAGAAUACUCCCAAUGCUAACAGAGGAUGGGGUGGGCGUCGUGCUAUAUAA